AUGGCAAACCAAAUUGUCCAGACCCUGAACGGGAUUAGCGCCGACUCUUUUGAAAACGAUGGACAGCGUAUGGAGGCUGUGGCGGCGGCCUAUGCUCUCGUGGCCCGUCUUGAGACGCCGUGGGACUUCUGGCAUGCAGUGGGCGACGGGGCAAAAACCUUGGAAGAGUUGCACGAGCUUGUCCCACAAGUUGAGCCGAAACUUCUUCGUUCAUAUGAUGCCACAAUUCCGUGCUUCUUCAAGUUGCCUCGCUACCUCGAGCAGACAGGAUAUAAGAAUCCAGUGGACCCUAACGACGGAGUCUUCCAGUAUGCCAAGGACUGCAGGGGCAAGGAUAUGUUCCAUUUCUACCAGGAAAACCGCGUCGAGGGUGAAUCCUUCAACCAGCCAGAUCAACCACUCCUGGUCGAUGUCGGCGGCAAUAUCGGCCAUGACUUGGAUAGAUUCUACCAAGCCCAUCCGGAGACCGCCUCACGUUUGUAUCUGGAGGACCUCGCUGAGGUUGUCUCCCUCUCCAAGUGUCCGGAUCCGGUCAACAAGAUCGGCUACGAUUUCUUCACGCCACAGCCAAUCAAGGGUGCACGGGCUUACUAUAUGCAUGGAGUCCUUCACGACUGGUCCGAUGAGCCAGCACGUAAAAUCCUGGAGAUGCAGCGGGAUGCCUUGACACCCGGAUAUAGCAGGCUGUUGAUUCACGAUCAUAUCGCCCCGGAGACUGUUGCCCACCCGCACACUACCGCCUACGACCUGACAAUGAUGGUGAUGGUGGCUGGCGAGGAGCGGAGUGAGGUGCACUGGCGUGCUCUGCUCAAGUCAGCAGGGUACCGUAUAGUCAAGGUUUGGUCCUCGCCGCUUGCGGUGCAGAAGGUCAUCGAGGCAGAACUAGACGUUUAG